AUGGCUACCCAGACAAAGCCAUGUCUUCAGCAUUUGCCGCCUGAAUUGAAGAUGAAGAUCUGCGAGCAUCUGGAUGUCAUGGAUUAUUUCUCAUUACUCCGGUGUUGCGUUUCUUGGAAUCGUUUCAUUACUCACAAUGCCGAGAGAUUGUCAACUUUCAAAUGCUUCAGUUUGAGGAUAGAGGAAUACUCAUUCAUUCGAUUUCGAUUCAAAGUUUCGACUGUUGGACUGCGGAAUGGAGAAGAAACCAGACUUAAAGUAAAUGUUUACCCAUUAUUGCCGAUUUUUAGGGAAAGUUGAAUUUAUAGCGAAUAGGAGUGAUGUAAUUGAUUUAUCGUUUAGUUUCGUAAAUGCCAACGGGGUUAAACCGCACUGAGAUUAUUUUGGAACUUUGCUAGCAUUCAGUUUUCCAGAUAGGUCUUAUUGUGUCAUUUCCGUGCGUAUUAUGUGUUCAUCUCAUGAACUUUUGUCCAUUACCGCCUUGUUUUUAUAGGUUUCCUUAUCGUAAUGAUUACCAAUAAUAAUUUUUGUUUUUGUAAUAUAUGUUAUGUUCAGAGGUUCUGCUUCCGAACUCCUGAUGACCUCGGUUUGUUCCUUCGAAUGGUCGAAGUCGCCCAGAGCCUUAUCUUAUCUAUUAAGAGUUGUAUUGGCCUGCAAGACAAGUUCGAACGAGUUUGUAAAGGAGCUAAUGAGGUGAGUAAAUAUUUACCAUCAAAACGUAUAUGUCAAUAUAUUCUUAGGUAAGCAUUCGAGUUCAAGAUCAUGAAGGAAUUGGAUCUCCAGUCUCGGUCGAGUAUCUGAGUGAACUCUAUUCCCGGCUUCAAUUAAAUGCCAUCUCCGUAGAAGAUCUAUCUUCAAAUUGGACAGAAAAUGGAAUGGAAUUGAUCAAAGCAUGUAAUGCCACGGAAUUCUUAGAGUAAGCCCUAUAAAUCGUUUUUUUUUUACUUUUAGAAUCCGAUCAUCCGUCAAAUUUGGAGGUCUCAAAUUAGGAGAUGACGCGCUGGCCCAUGUGGCUCGAAUGCCACCAUUAGAGACUAUUGUUUUGUCCACAGUUGGUUCCAUAUUCACCAAAGAAGCUGUUAAAGAUUUCUUGGAUAACGUCGGUCUCAAAACAAACAUGUAUUUGGAGUUCUACAGAGUUUCCUGCUCAUCCAACGACUUUUAUAGGAUGCUCAAGAACGAGUUGAACGUUAUUUUUGAGACGGAUCCGACUCGGGGAACCUUCAACUCGUUUCAUAUUCUCUACCGCGGCUUUACAUUCUAUUUGAAUAUCAAAUACUUUGACGAUUCGCAGGGGCUUGUUACCUAUCAGCCAAAGCGAUGA